CGCGGCCCGUCCCGCAGGCCGAGGGGCGGGCCGGGCCGGGUGUCCAUGGAAACGGAGCGCACCCGGAGCGCCGCCCUCCUUCCCUGCUUCCCUGCUUCCCGCCGGCCGCCGCCGCAAUCGCCACCAUGAUGCUGCUGGGCCGCGGGCUGGACGCCAGGGACAAUCAGACUAGACAAAUGCAAGAUGCUGUUUCAAAUGUGGAAAAACAUUUUGGUGAAUUGUGCCAAAUAUUUGCUGGAUAUGUACGUAAAACUGCCAGACUACGAGACAAAGCAGAUCUUCUGGUAAAUGAAAUAUAUGCAUAUGCAGCUACAGAGACACCAAACUUGAAAGUUGGACUGAAAAACUUUGCAGAUGAAUUCUCCAGACUUCAAGAUUAUCGCCAGGCAGAGGUUGAUAGGCUGGAAGCCAAGGUUGUCGAACCUCUGAAAUGUUAUGGGACCAUAGUGAAACUUAAAAGGGAUGAUCUUAGAGCAACUUUAACAGCCAAGAGCCGAGAAGCCAAGCAAUUAUCUCAGCUGGAAAAGACACGUCAGCGGAAUCCAUCAGAUCUGCACGUUAUCGCUGAAAAUGAACUGCAUAGAGCGUCACUGGAUGCGACUCGAACAACUCGGCACUUAGAGGAAACCAUUGAUAAUUUUGAGAAACAGAAGAUAAGGGACAUCAAAAAUAUAUUUUCUGAAUUUAUAACUAUUGAAAUGUUGUUCCAUGGGAAAGCUUUAGAGAUAUAUACAGCUGCCUAUCAGAAUAUCCAAAAUAUUGAUGAAAAUGAAGAUUUGGAGGUUUUUCGGAGCUCACUUUAUCCUCCAGACUAUCAGUCUCGCUUAGACAUAGUUCGUGCAAAUUCCAAGUCCCCCUUGCAAAGAACUGGCUCCUCAAAAUCUUCACUGAGAACAGCACAGAUCUCCCGCAGAAUGCUAAGAAAAGAUGAAGAAGAGGAUGAGGAGGAAGAUGAAGAUGAUGAAGAGGAUGAUGAGGAGGAUGAAUUUGAUGCUACUAAGGAAAUGAUGCUGACUUGGAUCCAUUCUUGCCUAGACUGUGUUACCUCUCUGCUGAACACACCGGCACAUUCCUUAGGGAUUAAGGGUCUCAGACUGUUUUGUUAGACCUGCCCUAAAUGCCUCAAGCUGCUUUCGUACUAGUGAGAAAAAAGCCAAACUGAUGAAAACAGCCCCUGCAAUCUCUGUCAACUCCCCAUCCUUUGCUGUGUUGACAAACUACCAGUUCACUCUUUCCAGAUGAAGCAGCCAGCAUCAUUCUCACCAAGACCCAUAUCUGCAGAGCAUAAUAACUGAGAUCAUUAACUAUACAAGUUUUAAAGAUAAGACACACAUUUAAAUGGCAAUUUCCUUUUUAUUUUAAAAAAGUUGCAAAGCCAGCUAAUGAGAACAGCAGCUCUUCAACAGGAAUGCCUGCAAACAUAUGAAACCGAACAAAACCUGAAAAGGUUACACAAAAGGAAACAAAAAAAAAAAAUCAGUAAUUUCAAAAUUUUAUUAAGCUAACCUCAGUAAGAAGUGUCAUUUACUAAUGCAGGUAGCACUGAAAAUCUUCUAUUUGAACCGUUUGUGUGGUCAGCUAGUCAACUGUUUGUGCUGGUCAGCCAGCACUUACGUUUUUAUUUGAUACAAACACAUAAGACUGGAAUUAAUCUUAAAAAAAAAAAAAACAAAAAAAAAAAAACCCAAAGCAUUACAACUCCAUCCUUUUAUACCUUGAUGUAUGACAUUCAAUGUCCUACAGGUAUUUCAACCAAGAGCUAAACAACUGAACUGGGUAUUAUUUACAACCGUUGAUGGAAACUUUGUUUUGCAUCUUCCAGUAAUUAAAAGUUAAAGUAACUGUCAAUACUGUCAAACCUAGAAUGUGUUAUUAGAGCAUCUUUUCCUCCUUUACAGCAAACUUAACUUAACUUUCCGUGGACCAAUGGGCCUAUCAUUCAGUUCAUUAAUAGCAGCCAUAGCUUCCUCAUAGUUUGUCAUAGCAACAAUGGCAUCACCAGAAGGUAAUCCUUGUUCAUUGUACUGCACAGAAACUGACUCUGGUAUCACUCUAUAACCAUAGAAAAAAUCCAGAAUCUCGUUAGGAGUAGCUUUAAAAGGUAAAUUUUUCAACAGAAUAGGAACAACACGUUCAGAACCGCCACUGAAAUUUGGAUCUGGCAUAAAUC